AUGGAUCCGAAAGCCGUGAGGGAAGAUCUGCGCCUGUUUCAGAGCACCCUGCUCCAGGAUGGCCUGAAAGAGCUUCUGAACGAGAACAAGCUUAUUGACUGCAUUCUGAAAGUAGGAGACAGAAGCUUGCCCCGUCAUAGACUCAUUUUGACAGCCUGUAGUCCUUAUUUCCGAGAGCUUUACUUCUCAGGCGACGCUAAGGAAAUGGAUAAGGAGGUUGUUCUGGAAAUGUAUUCAGCAGAGAUUGACAUCACAGACGACAAUGUGCAGAAUAUCUUUGCUGUGGCAAACCGUUUCCAGAUCCCCUUAGUGUUCACUGUGUGUGCAAAUUUCCUACAGAAGAGACUGUCCCCGGGUAACUGUAUAGCCAUAUUCAGAAUGGCACUGGUGCUCAACUGUCCUAGACUGGCAUUGGCAAGUCGAGACUACAUUGCAGAUGGUUUUGAAACCCUGGCCAAUGAGUAUGAAUUCUUAGAGCUUGCUCAUGAACUUUUUGCUGUCAUCGGAGCGGACUCUCUCAAUGUAGAAAAGGAGGAGGUGGUGUUUGAAUCCCUGAUGAAAUGGAUUCGAAAAGACAAGGAGAACCGUGUCAAGACUCUGGAUGAGGCCUUUGACUGCGUCCGUUUCCGUUUACUCCCAGAGAAGUACUUCAAUGAGAAAGUGGAAAUGGAUGACAUCAUCAAGUCUGACCCUGAACUCCUAAAAAAAUCUAAGUAAUCAAAGGAUGCAGUUAAUGGUGAAGUAGAAGAGGAUAACAGGUUACCUGGUUACCUGAAUGAUAUCAAGAGAGUUGGUAUGUAUUCCAAGGAUCUUGUGUUGAUGAUCAACUACACUGCUGCAGAGGCCUAUGAUGGUGUUGAGAACAAAUGCUUCCUUGCUGCAUUGACUGAGCAGAUACCACACAACCAUGUCAGCCUGACAUCAGAGAAGAAUGAUCUCUUCAUCCUGGGAGGAUUGUUUGUCGAUGAAGAGGAUAAAGAAGCUCCAUUACAGUGCUACUUUUAUCAGCUGGACAUCCUUGCUGCUGAUUGGAUAGCUCUGCCCCCUAUGCCCUCUCCCAGAUGUCUGUUCAGUAUGGGAGAAUUUGGCAAUAAAAAAAAUUCUGUAGCUGGUAAAGAUCUACAGUCCAGCAUGUCUCUUGACUAUGUAAUGCGCUAUGAUGUUGAACGAUGGUUUAUCCCUGUGUUCCUAAAUGUGAUUUCCCAUCCUUUUUUUUAUAAAAGCAAAGCAACCAAUAAGAUGUUUGCAUAAGAAUGGAAGGAGCUGCCUGCUAUGAAAAUGGCAAGAUCCAUGUUUGGGGCAGUCAUUCACAAUGGGAAGAUUGUGGUGACUGGAGGGGUCAAUGAAGAUGGUCUCACCGCUGCAUCUGAAGCAUAUGACUUUGGAACCAACAAGUGGGUGCCCUUCACAGAUUUCCCCCAGGAGAGGAGCUCAGUGAACCUGGUCAGUAGUGGAGGAUUGCUGUAUGCCGUUGGCGGCUUUACUAUUGUGGCGACGGAGGACGACAAAGUUGCCCCUACGGAAAUCAUUGACUUCUGGCAGUAUGAGGAGGAUAAAAGUGAGUGGACCGGAAUGCUCAAAGAGCUGCGUUAUGUCGCAGGGGCCUCCUGUGUGUCUAUGCGCCUCAAUGCAGCCAAAAUGCCCAAAUUGUGA